UGUAGAGCUUUGGGAGGAAAAGUUGGGAAAGCAUAUAGUGGUUGGGAUAUUGGAAUAAGAAAGGUUAGGUUUACCGAGGAAUACAUUAACGAUAGUUUGAAUGGAAUUCCUCCCUCUCUUUCAAUCAUUGAAUGCCAUAAAGAUGAGGUUUGUGAAGUGCCUGAGGGAGCACAAGUUCUUGCAUGUUCUGAUAAAACAUGUGUAGAAAUGUUCAAAUUUGGAGACUACAUUCUAGGAAUUCAGGGACAUCCUGAAUAUAAUAAAGACAUUCUUGACAAUAUCAUUGAUCAGCUUCUUUCGAACAUCUCCUUUGAGAAGGGUUUUGCAGAAGAAGCCAAGUUGAACGUAAUGGAAGCAGAAGAUGAUAGGAAAUACUGGAAAAUGAUUUGUAAGAGCUUUCUCAAAGUCAGAUGGAUUACUUAAGUCACUUUUUAAUGACUUAUGCUUCUUUCUUCACUAUGUAUGCUUUUCUCCACUCAAUAUUGUACACUCUUCCAUUUGG